CAGUAGUCGGCAUUCGUAGCAUCCGCCGUCGAAAAAUUAGUUUUACCCGCUUAUACGCUUUCGUAAGGCGGUCCCGUUUACUAUUGGAGUCAAUAGAAUCCAUGGCGUUUCAUGUAGUUUUUCUUCAUUUUAUGACUUGUUAGUGUACUGUGUUCACAUACACCCAGGUAAUUGCUGCUUCAGGGAUGGGUGCUAAAACAGUUUUAUAUGCUCUGGUUUCGGUAACUAGCGUCGCAUAUACGUUUAAAACUAUGUUUACGUUAAUUCUAUUCCUUUCAAGCGAAGUGAGCGGUUUAUUAAACUACAAAAAAGUUUAUAAAGAUAUAAGUUUAUGGAAUGGAAUCGUAUGCAAUGCACUCUUGGUGGUGUUGUUUGUAAGUAAUCAUGCUAUAUGUGCAUCAAAGCAUUUAAAACUCAAAAUGUCAAGUAUGGGUUUGUCACCUAUACAUCGUUCCCUAUUCAACUUUACCACCUGUUUAACUUUAAAUAUUUUAAUGAACCAGUGGGUGACAUUGCUGCCUACUCUUCCAUUAUUGUGGAAUCUGAUGAGCUUUCAAUAUAUCAGUACUAUUUGUCAGACUGUUCAUGCAAUAAGUUGGUUCUUCAUUUUAAGCAUCAUGUAUGUUCUUGACAUAUCAGAGUUUUUCGGAUUAAAGCAGAUUCAGUAUUUUCACCACGAAUUUGGUUGCCCUAUGACAAGCAAAACUGUGUAUGCUCAAAAUUUUUAUCACAACAUGCGACAUCCAUGUUUCAUUGGUUGGACCUGUGUGUUAUGGUUGGUGCCUUGUUUGUCAAUUGAUCGGUUUAUCCUUGCUUCAGGUUUUACUUUGUACUUUUUAUAUGGCUCAAGGCUCGAGGUAAAAGAUUUUUACUAUGUAAGAAAAAUGUAUUACAAAAAAGUUACCUCAAUCGUCAGGGUUUCACAAAGUCCAUAGUUUAAUUGUUUCUACUAUGACAAUUUCGUUACGCUUACAUUUUCAUUCUGUGUAAGAUCUUUAUUGUUUUAGAUUUUGGAUUGUUUUUUAUCCUGUUCUUAAGCAUGCUUGCAUGUCAGUAGGGUUGCAUCCAUUCAUACUUGGGUUAAAGUUAUGUGAUGGGAUAAGUGGCAGUGAUUUUUUUAUUAACCUAAAUGCGCUGGACAGUGGUGAUUAAGGUAUUAUUGUUUAAAUAAAUAUAUAUACUACAGUUGUAACAC